AGUCCCUCCACGUCUGAAUCUUCUGGAGUCGGGCAACGUGAACCCAGUCCCUCCACAUCUGGACCUCCUGGGGUCAGGCAGGUUUGUACACGCUAAGAUUUUAAAUCAGAGUCUUCCCUUGAGGAUUCUCUUCCACCCCAAUGUGAAAUAAGACUUUUCCAUGAAUAAUGCCAAAGGCAGAGUUCUGGAGAACUCGUUUCUACUCUGAGGUCAGGCUGGUGCCUGUCCUCUUCUGGGGAUCCAAAAUGCUGCCCCAUCUCCUGUUUUGAGCUCAUUUCCUAAGAUCUGACAAUGUGUGUUCUUUAACUUUGAAUAGGCAAAAGGUGUCAGAGGCUGGACACCAGUGGCAGGGUUGGCUUCAUCUUCCCUCGUCAGCGAUGGGAGUCACAGACCAUCGGAACGUCUCAAGGUACAAAUGUUGCUGAGAGAACGCGACCAAGGCCUCAAUGCAUGUGAACACCCAUCUGAGGGGCUGGAGACCAACCCGAGCUCAUAUCUGCAGGUGAGCAAAGCUGGAAGAAGAGAAAGAAAACUGGAGAAGGAGGUGGGAGAGCUGAGAAAAGCCCUGCAGGAAAAAACAACAGCUAUAGAGAAGGCAGACGCUGAAUUACAUGAGGCCCAGAGGCAGAUAGUGGAGCUGCGUGCUCUGCAGCUGAAGGAAGAACAGAGGAGCAAAGACACCAUCAGGAAGGUUGAAAGGCUGCAGAAACAACUGUCCCAGCUCCAAAGGGAAAAUCGUUCCCUCCGUGAGCAGUUGGCAGAGAUGGAGAAGAUCGGCAGAGAGCGAAUGGGAUGAGGUCCUUGUGUGGGAGUCCAUCCCCUGCGUUGGUUCUGGUUUGGUUGGAAUGGCAGGCCUCGAGGAGUCCUUACAGACAGCCGGGUGUAGAGAAUGCUGCAGCAAAGACCCCCUUUGUGGGGGUCUUCUGACACCAGCCAGACCCCCACAAAGGUUCAGUCUCAGUAUCUCCCGAAAAGAAGACGCUGGGAACAGCAUCUUCAUUAAAAGGUGACAUUUAUUGGGUUGUCUUCACGGG